UAGACGGACCAUCUCAGGGGAACAUGUGGGGCUAUAUCUACACAUUCGGCUCAUCCUCUACUUGCAAAUACUCCCAGUAAGAAAAACACAGAGAGAUCAUGAGUAUCCAUCCAGGCAUGAAGAUGUUGGCAGCUGUGGUUGUUUUAUUCCUGGCGGUCGGCAUGAGUGACAGCGUGAUUCUGAAUAAAUGUGAGCUGAAGCAGCAGCUUCAGACCGGCCUUACACUGCCUCCGAAUAUGACCGACGUGCUGGCACAGAUCGUGUGCCAUGUCCAGCUGACCUCUAACUUCAACACCAGCGCCAUUAAGACGAUCACUGAGCCACAAAAUUCAGGUGAACUUCACGGUCCUCGUAAGGGCAGGUCUGCCAAGAGCCAAGGAAAAAAUAAAGGCCGCCCCUCCAGUAAAGUCCCCUCUCCACCCCACUUGGAAAGUGCAGAGGACAAAAAUGAGGUCUGGACCUUGUACGGCUUGUUCCAACUUAGUGACCAUGUGGUGUGCAACUCCACCCAAAGUCAUUCCCUGAACCUCUGCGGACUGACCUGCAACAAGCUGCUUGACGAUAACAUCAGUGAUGAUUUGGCCUGUGUCCAAGUCCUUAUAAAUAAAAUGACUGCAGUGAUUCCUGACCCCAAAACUGCUAAACACAUCCGUAAAAUGAUCUCUUUGAUCUACCAGCCAGAGUGUGUCAAUGCAAAGGCCUCUAUAUACUUCGCUGACUGUCCAUAAUCCUGAGUUUUAGACCUGAAUCCUGAACCUUGAUGUCCCCUGCUUUACUUUUACAUUUAUGCGCAUUUAUUAACUUUUAGCUUUAGACAUCAAAUCCUAGCACAGUUUGUGUCUUAUUCUGAAUGAGUCAUUAAAUCCUUUUGAAACACA